GAUCAUGUGAUUUUACUGCUAUAGGAAGUUCCCAGUGCUUAUGAACAGUGAGGAGCAAACUAACUGUCAUGGCGUUGGACAGUAAGACUGAGGGAGGUCUGAAACUGCAGUUUGUUCCAUUCACAAGUGCUGUAGAUGCUGGAUUUUGGCAUGAGCUGACACAGAAAAAACUCAAUAUAUACCAGCUUGAUGAAACGCCCAAGGAUAUAAAGGGUUUCUAUUACAACGGUGAUCCAGUAGGUCUGCCAGCUCGUCUAACUUUGCAAUUCAGUGCUUUUGAUGUAAAUGCCCCCACUCCUGCUCGCUGUUGCCCAGCUGUAGGUUCUUUGUAUAACACUAAUACUUUGGAGUUAUUCAAGUCUUGUGACAAGAAAGCACUUUUGGAAAAAGCAGCAGAGGAGAUUUGGGAUUCUAUUCGGUCUGGUGCUGCACUGGAUGAUGUAGUGCUUCUAAAUAAAUUCCUCUUGUUAACGUUCUCAGACUUAAAGAAGUAUCGUUUUUACUAUUGGUUUUGCUUUCCUGCUUUGUGCCUUGCUGAAGGAAUACAGUUAAAAGAGCAACCAUUGUCUCUCGGGGAAAGAUUCUCUGACAGUCAGAUUAAAGAUUUUCAGAGGUUAUAUGAUGACUUGUGCCUAAGAGAAGGAUCAUCUCCACAGCCCUACUUUUUAAUACGUUAUAACGAGAAUUCAAUCUCUAUGGCACCAUUAAAGACAUUUCAUGAAUUCUACAACGAUUCUGAGAAGGUAACAUUGGGAUUUUAUGACCCGUCCACUUUAUCUCAGUAUCCUGGAUGGCCUUUACGAAACUUAUUGGUGCUGGCAUCUUACCACUGGGGUAGCCGCCUGCAAUCUGUUGAAAUAAUCUGCUUUAGAGACAGAACUUUGCAAGGGGAAAGAGACAUUAAGCACAGUCUUAUAUUUGAAAUCCAGCUUCCACAGGUUACACCAAACCAAGGAUGCCCAAAAGCUGCUGGAUGGGAAAAAAAUCAAAAAGGUGGAAUGGGACCAAGAAUGGUCAAUCUUAGUGAAUGUAUGGAUCCAAAAAGGUUAGCAGAGUCAUCUGUAGAUCUUAAUCUUAAACUCAUGCGCUGGCGGUUAGUGCCUACGUUGGACUUAGAUAAAGUAAUAUCAGCAAAGUGCUUAUUACUUGGAGCUGGAACACUGGGAUGCAAUGUUGCAAGGACAUUGAUGGGAUGGGGUGUCAGAAAUAUAACAUUUGUGGACAAUGCGAAGAUAUCUUAUUCCAACCCAGUUCGUCAGCCCUUGUAUGAAUUUGAAGACUGUCUUAAUGGAGGAAAAUCAAAGGCUUUUGCAGCAGCAGAAAAACUUCAAAAAAUAUUUCCAGGCGUGGUUACUAGAGGCUUUAACAUGAGUAUUCCUAUGCCGGGUCACCCAGUAAAUUUCAGUGAGGAUACAAUGGAUCAGGCCUGUAAAGAUGUAGAGAAACUUGAAGGCCUCAUUAAUGAACAUGAUGUGAUUUUUCUUCUAAUGGACACACGGGAAAGUCGUUGGCUCCCAACUGUUAUUGCAGCAAGCCAAAAGAAGUUGGUCAUCAACGCUGCUUUGGGGUUUGACACAUUUGUAGUAAUGAGACACGGACUGAAGAAACCGAAGCAGGAGGAGGCCAUUGAUUCUCACUCCCAAGCUGCCAGCUCCUCUGAUCUCUUGGGGUCAUCUCUUUUCUCCAACAUACCGGGAUACAAACUUGGCUGUUAUUUCUGUAAUGAUGUGGUGGCCCCUGGUGAUUCCACUAGGGAUCGAACCCUUGACCAGCAGUGCACUGUGAGCCGGCCCGGUUUGGCCAUGAUUGCUGGAGCUUUAGCUGUGGAGCUUAUGAUUUCAGUCAUCCAACACCCAGAAGGAGGUUACGCCAUCGCUAGCAGUAGUGAGGAUCGAAUGAAUGAGCCUCCUACAUCUCUCGGACUUGUGCCACAUCAGAUUCGGGGAUUUUUAUCAAGGUUUGAUAAUGUAUUACCAGUAAGCCUUGCAUUUGACAAGUGCACUGCUUGCUCUUCAAAGAUUCUUGAGCAGUAUGAAAAGGAUGGAUUCCUGUUUUUGGCCCAGGUGUUCAAUUCUUCACAUUCCUUCCUUGAAGAUUUAACAGGUCUUACGCUGCUACAUCAGGAGACCCAAGCUGCAGAGAUCUGGGACUUGAGCGAUGAUGAGGUCAUCUGAAAAGCUUAGAGACGACGAGGAGCUGACUUUGUAUCUCCAGAAAAGCUAAAUGAAUCUGCAAUGUUAUCCUUUUUUUUAUUUCUUUUUUUUAUUCUACUUUAAAGGGAUAUAAAAGCCAACAUGUUUCUCUCAUGAUUCAGAUAGAGCAUGCGAUUUUAAACAACUUUCUAAUUUACUUCUAUUAUCAAUUUUGCUUUGUUCCCUUGGUAUCUUUUAUUGAAAAGGCAGGGACAUAUGCAUAGGAGCCGGCUCAUUUCUGGAGCACUAUAUGGCAGCAGUUUUGCAAGAAUGUUACCCAUUUGCAAGAGCACUAGAGGGCAGCACUAUUUCCUGCCAAGUAGUGCUCUAGAUGCCUACCUAGGUAUCUUCAACAAAGGAUACCAUGGGAACAAAGCAAAUUUGAUAAUAGAAGUAAAUUGGAAAUGGUUUUAAUAUUGUAUCCUCUGUCUGAAUCGCAAGAAAAAAAUAAUUGUGUUUCAUGUUUCUUUAAAGGGACAUGAAACACACAUUAUUAUUUUUUUGUGUGAUUCAGACAGAACAUAAAUUUUUAGCCAACUUUCCAAUUUACUUCUAUUAUCAAUUUUGUACAUUCUCUUGGUAUCCUUUAUUGAAGUUGAAGCAAUGCACUACUGGGAACUAGGUGAAAACAUCAGUAAGCUAAUGACAAUAGUCAUAUAUAUGCAGCCACCAAUCAGCAGCUAGCUCUGAGUGCCUGAGCCUACUUAGGUAUCCUUUUCCGCAAAGGAUUCCAAGAGAAUUUAGCGAAUUAGAGAACAGAAGUAAAUUGCAAAGAUGUUAAAAAUGUCUUCUCUAUCUGAAUCAUGAAAAAAAAAAAUUGAAGUUUCAUGUCCCUUUAAUAUACCGGUUGUUGCAUUAUCUUUGAGUGUUGAUUUCAGUUUGCUUACAUAAAUCUUUUAUUUUUUCAUAUCGCUUUAUCCUGAUUAUAUUUGUAUGUGUCUAUAUAUAUAUAUCUGUUAUCCUGGAAUAUUAAACCCUGUUGUAUAUCUGUUAUCCUGGAAUAUUAAACCCUGUUGAAGAGUUAUUUUACAAGACGAUAUAAAGCUUUAACUAUUAACUAUGUGGGAUUUGUACAUUGUAUUAAAAUUAAAUAAAUAAAUCAUUAAUGAAAUACAAUUGUGAAAGAACGCAAGAUAUUUAUAGAAAACAAAAUAUGUUGUUAAAAAAAGAGAAAUGUACAAUUAUGUAUUUAAAAAAAAACAUAAAUAUAUAACAGAUAUCCAAAA